UUUUAAUUAUUGCAUGCUCGUCGUAGUAGUAAAUAAGGCAUGCAGUUUGCCCAAUUAUUUAUUGUUGAUGUUAUAUACUAAUAAUUGAAAGUUUCUUGUUGUAAAUUUAUUUAAAAAAAGUUCUCAUAAUGACUGAGCUUUUACUUGAUCCUGAUAUCCGAGUAUGGGUUUUUCUCCCUAUAGUUAUAAUAACAUUUUUAUUUGGAAUCGUUCGUCACUAUAUUUCUAUUUUGUUAACUUCUACAAAAAAGGUUGAACUUACUCAAGUUCAAGAUAGUCAAGCAAUAAUUCGUAGUAGACUCUUAAGAGAAAAUGGAAAAUACAUUCCUAGGCAGGCAUUCCUAAUGCGUAAACAUUAUUUCAACAAUGAAGAUAUUGGAUAUUUCAAAACACAAAAGCGUAGUCCACCAGCUCAAAAUCCAAUGACUGACCCUAGUGUCAUGACUGACAUGGUGAAAGGCAAUUUCACCAAUGUUUUGCCAAUGAUUAUUAUUGGUGGCUGGAUUAAUUGGACAUUCUCUGGUUUUGUCACCACUAAAGUGCCAUUUCCUUUAACCUUAAGAUUCAAACCCAUGCUACAAAGAGGAAUAGAGCUCUUAUCUCUGGAUGCAUCAUGGGUCAGCUCAGCAUCAUGGUACUUUCUUAAUGUUUUUGGUUUGAGAAGCAUUUAUGCCCUUGUUUUAGGGGAAAAUAAUGCUGCUGAUCAAACAAGAACCAUGCAGGAUCAAAUGUCAGCACCAGCAAUGGCCAUGCCUCCAGAUCCCAAACAAGCAUUCAAGGCUGAAUGGGAAGCUUUAGAAAUUUGUGAUCAUCAGUGGAUAUUAAAGAAUAUUGAAGCAGAAUUAGUUGACUCAUCACCUUCACAAUGAUUUCUACAUUAGGCUACACAGGUUCUUCAAGUGAACAUCUUUAGUAGAUUAUUAUCUUCACUUUCAACUUUCUUAAUGCUACAAAAAAGUAGUUUUCUUUAAUUUUUACAUUUAUUUGUGAUUUUUUUCCUUCUUUUUAAAUGUCAUAAAUAAAUAUCAUGACCUGUACAGAAACUAUUAAGAUUAUUUAAUGGAACAAAGCAAUAAAUUGUUUUUGAAAUUUUA